AUAUUAUGAGGAGUUUGGUUGUCCGAAUCGGUGGUGGAAAGGAUCGACCACACCCUUCCACCCUUCCACCCUCAUAGCCCACUCGCUCAGCACGCUUCGGUCGAGGGCUGGCCCGCUCCUUUUGCACUACUAGUACAUAGGAUAUCACUCUACGCCAAGGUUAGCUAACAGGGGCUGUCCUGCCAAUUGAGACUUGAGGGUGUCCGCAGGUUUUUGGUUUAGCGAGUAUUGCCGAUAUGAUCGCGGCACACAUCACGGCAUGGAGAUGAUCUCCUUCGCUACCGAUGCUAUGGUUAGCUGUCAGCUUCUGCUGCCCGCACGCACCUGUGGGUACUGUAUUUCGGGCGGGAAAGCAGAUCGAGCGCAAUUUCGACGUCGUACCUCAGGUCGUCCUCCGCCAGAGAGUCAGAGGCCUUGCUUGCUUUGAAUAUGCUCCAACUUUGGCCGAGUCGUGUGCUUCGGAGUCCGGACUUCCACCACUGCGUCGCACACACAUGGAUCCGAAAACCCCCACCACGACAUCCUACCGCGGACUCGGUCUCCCGCCGACGCUGCGCACGCCGUCGUUCGGCGUUUCGGGAGGCCCAGCAGUGCACCGCUACCAAGCGGGGAGCUCGCUGCACGCGCUCGAAGACUCGUUGAUUCUCGAGAUUGGGUCGCGGAUCCUGCGCGCAGGGUUCUCGAGCGAGGCGGCGCCGCGAUGCCAACUCGCCUGGAACGAUACCAUGUGGCGCCGGUCGGGGGAGAAGGUUCUGACCGCGUUUGUGGGCCGACGGCAGGGUGGCAGGGGCGUGUGGGAUCUCGACUUUGCCCUGCAUGGAGAGGUGGGUGAGGAUGUCGACGUGCGCCUCCGGCGACAGUUGGGGUUGGUGGAGGAUCUCGUGGAACGCGGGCUGAGGCUCGCGUAUAACAAACACUUGCUUCUGGACUCCAAGUCGCGGAGGAUACUCCUUCCCGUGCCGCCGCUGUUCCCAACCCGAAUCUUGACCGCCAUCCUAGCCACGAUCUUUGUACAUUUCCAACCACCGGCGGUCACGCUGAUGUCGGCACCGGUACUCGCGACCGUUGCGGCCGGGCUCAGAAGCGCGCUGAUCGUGGAUAUCGGCUGGGAGGAGACGGUGGUGACGCCCGUCUACGACCUGCGCGCCAUCGAGGGGCGAGGCAUCGGCGUGCACGGACGCAGCAUCCGCGGGACCAAAGUCCUUCGCGACGCAUGGCUAUCCUUCCUGACCACAUUCCUGCGCGAAGGCAGCGACCCACCCGACAUCUCCGAGGUGGAGGAGAUAAUGGAGCGCAUGAGCUACAUACCCUCUGUGGACGGAACCCAGGGCGCAGACAAGGUGAUGACGAUACCGCUCGGCCGGUGGACGCUACGAAUCCCAUUCUCGCAACUCGCGAAACCCGCCGAAAAGGCGUUUUUUGCGCCCACGAGCACACCCACGGUAACACCGGACUUCACGGACGAUAACGACACCCCACUGCCGCUAUUGCUAUACCACGCACUCCUCUACAGCACCGUGGACGUGCGCUCCGCCUGCGUUCCGCGCAUCGUCUUCGUUGGCGGCGGCUCCCGGAUUCCCGGACUACAGACCCGCGUCCUGCGGGACCUACAGGAUAUAAUAAACGAACGCGGCUGGGUUCUUGGACUCCGCGGGCUAAACACAUCGCAGCCCAAGCCCCGCGCUAAAACAUCGCUUUCGGAGGAGGACGAGGAUAAAGAAAACUACGAUGAGUCGGAGGAGGAGCCGCUGGCGAAGGAGAAGGACGACAGGCCGGAUAUGCACGUGCGCGGCGUCAAGAGCCUCGGUGUCUGGGCUGGCGGAAGUCUUGUUGCCGGUCUGAAGGUCAAGGCGAAGGUGGAGAUCGAGCGGGAGAGGUUUUUAAGUGAGGUUGCGAAGGGCGGGUCGGGACUACCAGUUGGGUGGUAAUACCUACGACAUACAUACCAAGGCGUUUGUUUGCUUGUUUGCUUGUUUGCUUUAUUAGAAAUUGAUGGCGAGUGGCUUGUUUGCGUGAGAUAUCAAUACCAUUUGAAAGACUUCUGCUGCAGAGUCAUGUUUAUCA